AUGGAUUUAAUGAACUGGGUCUUCUGUCCAUAUUUGGAUCAAUUCGUGAUUGUAUUUAUCCAUGAUAUUCUCAUCUAUUCGAGAUCAGAAUCAGAGCACGAGCAGCAUCUAUGUUUGGCUUUGCAGACUUUGAGGGAGCAUCAGCUAUAUGCUAAGUUCAGGAAGUGUGAGUUUUGGAUUUCUGAGGUCAGGUUUCUUGGCCAUAUUGUCAGCAGAGAGGGCAUAGUAGUGGACCUAGCUCAGGUUUUAGCAGUGCUUGAUUGCGAACCGUCGAAGUCGGUUAUCGAGAUUCGUAGCUUUUUGGGGUUAGCUGGCUAUUAUAGGAAGUUCAUUCAGGACUUCUCGAAGAUUACGAUGCCACUUACAUGUCUUACGAAGAAUGGUGUACAGUUUACUUGGAGCACGGAGUGCCAGAAGGCCUUUGAUACCUUAAAGGCUAAGUUAACUACGGCGCCAGUCCUUACUAUUCCGAGCAGUGACAGGACAUUUGUCGUAUACACGGAUGCGUCGUUAGCAGAUCACCAUGUCGCAUAUCCCGAGAGGUCAAUCCCCUACUGCGUCGGCUGA